AUGGACAAAGAUACGGAACUUAGUAGCAGUUCGGAUAAUGAUGGAGAGCAUCAGGAAGGACUCGUGGAAACACCAGGGAGUUCUACAUUGGCAUUGUCUCCCUCCCAGACGAUGGACUACCGAAUUCUAUGGAUUAGGAGUAAAGUAAUGAUAUUCCUUGGUCUUAAUGACGAGCACAAGAUUUUAUUCGAUAAUUUAAUUAAUGAGAAUAAUCGAUAUUUUGAAGACAAAUUGUACAACUUUCUAAUUCUCGAUCUGUACGACACAACGGAUUUGGAAAAGAAGUUGAUAUUAUUUUACAAGACGUACAGGAAUGAAGUGGUGCAGGAAGAGAUUUCAGUGUGGGAAGAAAUGGGUGGAGUGCCUUUUGUUCCCCCCCCUGGCGAGGAGGACAAAUACAUCCUGACGAAGAAAGUGGUGGACAAAGUCGUCCAGAUACCGGUGAUUCACAUGCUGUGCGGUGAAAUAGAUCCCCAUAAUAAAGAGCUGCAGGGUGUAACUCUUUUUUAUUUCGUGAGGACCAAGGACAAGGGAAUCCCAGCUUUUGAUACAUGGCAAGCGUGUCAUGAACAGAUCACUGAAUACAUGAUUGUUGGAUCCCUGCGCGCACCAUUUUUGCAAGCUAUGAAUAAUCUUUUGGUUCAUGUUUUCAAACCACUCAUCGAGAGGCAGUAUCGAGGUCCAGCUGCUGCGCAACGAUUAAUUAGCGGUACACACGCUAGUACAAAAAGUGAUAGUAUUGGAAAAGCUCAAACGACACUUACCAGCGCCAUGGAGUCCCAGGCUUCUGCCCUCAUUCGACCUUCCCAUUACCAGCGCAUGUCUGUCGCAGUGGGAAAAAUUGAAAAUAUGCAAAAAUUGCCGCCAUUUGAUGGGAGGGAUCAGACAACCGUUCAAACACCUUCGGACUUAGGAAAAGUUGGAAAGAAAGUAGCUGGAACCAAAGGAUCAACGCUAGGAUCAGUGACUUCUCAAAGUGAAAAAGUCGUGAAAGAAAAAAUUGAAGAACCGGAAAUGGAGCAGACGAAGAAAGAAAUGCUUGAGCAGUUGGAGAAAUUGACAAAAGUCGUUCAAUGGACGUUGCAACAUGUGGAAGGUGAUGUUUUGCUGAACGUUCCAAAAUUAUCGGAUAUUAUUGGCUCUGAAACGAUGGAUUUUUCGUCACUCGAGGCGAAGACCAUCAAUGACUUGGAGGAAGUCGUUAUGUCAUGGGGGAAUCACAUACAGAAGUCCUUGAAGAAUUUUUCGGCGAAUGCUCCUGAUAAGAAGGGACCUACCGCCGAAUACGAGUACUGGCUUCAACAACAGAAUGAAAUGUCAUUACUUGUCGAGCAAUUAUCCACUCCAGCUGUUAAGAAUAUUAUUACCAUAUUGAAUAAUGUGGGAUCGUCCAUUCCCUCCGUCUUCAAUUACUCGGAGAUCGAAUUAUUCCAAUAUUACAAUCAAGCGAGAGAUAAUACUAAAUUUCUGAGCACCGUUUUGAGACACUUCAAGUUGAUGAGUGAGACUGACAAUUUCAAGACAAUUGCAGAGUCCAUUCCCUCGCUGAUGGAGGCAUUGAAAAUGAUCUGGAUUCUUUCGAAAUAUUACAGUUCUGAAGAAAAAAUGAUAUUACUCCUCGAUAGAAUUUCAUGGCAGCUGUGCCAAAAUACUUCGAAAAAUUUAUCCGUCAAGGAAAUUUUCAAGAAACCACUUGGUGAAAUCCUAGAAAAAACCUUAGACGCGCAUUUAAUGAUGAAGAGUUGGAAAGCAUCGUAUUUAAAAACCCGUCAGGAUAUUGAAUACUCGGGUAAGGGAACUCGUUGGGAAUUCGAUCAGCAGCGACUCUUCAAAGAAACCGAAUACAUUGGUAAAGUGUGUGCAGACUUAAAUAAAAUAGCCAGUGUUCUUCAAGAUUUUUAUAAUAUAUUUGGUGCGGAGCUAAAAUCAACGAUAAAUGAGCCCGCCCAAAUUGAUACAAUCAUCAAACGAGUGGACGAGCUCAUCGAUCCAGUUAAAAAUGCUGAUUUUAAUAUUUUUCUCGAAUUCAAUAAAGAGAAUUGGGAUGCGACAAUGGACUGGUUCUUUCUCGAAGUUUCCUAUCUCGAGAAUGACGCCAAGUUUUUCAUCGACGAAUGUUUUACAGAAUUAAUUAGUGCGGAACAGGCACUCGAGGUCUUAUUAAAGUUCAAGAACAUGAAGACAAGAGAUGCAAUUCAGAAACAACUGCACACGAAAUUCGAUAUUAUUAUGCAGCAAUUUUGUAAGGAAAUUAAUGAAGUCGAGGAGAUAUUCAAUCAAGGAAAAAGAGAUCCACCUCUACUACGAAAUCACCCUCCAAUCGCUGGAGCGAUAUUCUGGGAGAGGCAGCUAUUUCACAGACUCCGCAAGCCGAUUUUGAUUUUUCAGAAUGUCGACGAGAUAAAGGAGAGUCAUUUAAAAAAUAUGACGUUUGCUCGGUACUUGGAGAUGGCAAGGAAGAUGAAAGAAUACGAAGAGAUAAAAUUUAAUUCGUGGGUGGACAGAGCACAUACGGUCGUUGUUCAGACAAUGAAGAAAAAUGUGCUGAAGAUGAUUCCACUAUCCGAUGAAAAAAUGUUGGAAGGAGAAAUUGUCGGUAAGAUUCUCUCGAAAAAAGAGAAAAUUAUCAAGGAAUCUAAAAACUCGUCCGCAUCUGUCUCGAAAAGCGUCGAAUCAUUUUCGAAAACAAAAUCAGAAGGAAAACCUAUGCGUCAAAGUCGAAUCCCACGGAUGUCCACGACCGUAUCUCCUCCUAAUAAACCUCAUAACGUAACCAAGGUCACCUGGAUGGAGAUGAUGGAUGACAAAAUAAUGAUUGAAAAUCAAUUGCGAUUCGAAGUGAAUUUCGAUUGGGAGGUUUUUAAAAUAAUUCACGAGGUGGAAUUGCUCGAGUAUCUUGGAUAUGUUUUACCAGAACCUGUGAAAGAUGUGGGGAUUCAAAAGGAUAGACUGCGGGGAGAUAUCGAAAGUGCGCAGGGAAUGGUUGACGAGUACAACGCAAUUAUUAAUGAAUUGGAUAAUGCCGAUGUUAAAUUACUCAAAAAUACUAUUCAACAAAUCGAAAAACGCAUUCAACCAGGAGUGACACGUCUCAAUUGGUACAGCUUAGGAAUUUCUGACUAUGCGGCAGAAGCGAAAAAACUUCUGAAGAAUUUAAAAUCAAUCGUUGGUCAAGUGAACCAAAUGAAACUGAAUCUCGAUCGUCAAAUUCAAAACGAGAUCAGUUGUUACAACUUAUUCACUACCACAAAAGAUCCCAAUGAUCUGGAUUACGAAUUAAACACCUGCAAGCUUUAUUUCACAGAUAUUGAAUCGAAAAGAACUGAAUUAAUCGCCACCAUGUUGAGAGUGUACGACUCGAUCAGCCCUAUGCUGAUUAAAUUGGAGAGUCUCGUUGAGGGAACAUCAACAGGAAAAAGCACUGCUAUGCUAUUAUUUUACGAGAGAUACGAACAGAAAAUUUUCACUGCAUUAAUCACGUGCUUCGUGAGAAAUUUGGAAGUUCUGAAUAAUUUACUGUCUGGGGACAGAGUUAUCUUUCAAGUGGAUGCUAUAUUACAAGCGUCUGACGUAGUUCUGUGUCCUUCACCUAGUGAAAUUUAUUCGAUAAUUCUUCACGAUGUUAAGGAUUUGCUCGAGAGGUGCAAAAUUUUUCCUAGGUGGAUGCUGAGGACUUGUCAUCAGUGCAAUCCGGUUAAAGAUGAAAACACCGAGGAAACUACGGUUUUUAGUUUUUUCGAGGAUGUCAUGAGUAUUCAGCUAAUCAAUGACAGGAUCACAGCUGUUCAAGAGACAAGCCACACAUUGGCGUUGGACUGCUGGAGAUACCUCCAGAGAUGGAAAAAAUAUGGAAAUCUGUGGAGGGUCGAUAAAAUUCAAAUUUGCGAGAAAUUUGCAUCGACAAAUCCCACCCUUCUACAAUAUGACGAGAAGUUUACGUUCUAUGGGUCGGUAAUUGAAGAAAUUAACGACAUGCUGUUGUACUCAGACGUUUCAAGCAUUCGAAUCAAUUUAUCUCCUCUCUUGAAGACCAUUAAGGAUCACGCACAAGAGUGGAAACAACAUCUGGGAAAUUAUCUCCUAUUCGAUACUCAACAAUCGAUGAAUGACUUGCAGAGCAAAAUAAAAAACUUUAGAACUGAUAUCGAACUUGUUGUUAGUGGAUUGGAGAAAUUUAAAAUUGUUAUGCAAGCCAUUGCGAAUGUUAAAAAAAUGGCGGUACAGGCGGAGGUUCAAUACAAUGAGUAUCAGGAGACAUUUAGGACUCUGAAGGUAUAUGAGAUUCAGUAUCCGGCUGAGGAUGAAGUCCAGGCCUACAAAAUCCAACAGGACUGGGAGUCCUUGUAUCUUGGAGGUUUAUACAGAUCGACAACAUUGGAGAGUACCAAGGAUCAAUUUUGCCAGAUGACGCAGGAUCAGAUUGAGGAUUUCAGAGGAGAAUGCAUCAAGUUUGCUGAGCAUUUUGAUGCGACAGGGCCUGGAAGUGUUGGAGACAAUCUUGAUAUUGGCGCGAAGAAAAUGCCGGAAUUUGGAAAACUUAUCAAUGAAUUUGAGGUGAAGCGCCUCGACCUGGUGAACGCUGAAAUUCUUUUCGAUCUAGAUCCCGCAGACUAUUCUCCCUUUAUCAGAGUUAAAGAGGACUACGAGGGUAUGGAGCUGAUUUUCGACUUGUACAAGACCCAGAAGAGUGCCCGCGAUAUCUGGUCUAAGACUCUCUGGGCCAAUUUAAAUCCUCAGCAGCUCAUUGACGGAAUGGAACAGUACAUCAAAGAAUUCCGCAGGCUUCCCAAGCCCGUGAAAAAUUUGAGUGUUGGCCAGGCUCUUGAGGCGGGCAUGAAAGCCUUUAGAAAUUCCGUUCCACUUUUUGUUGAACUUAAAAAUGAAGCGAUGCGUGAGAGGCAUUGGCAAGAACUGAUGGAUAAGACUGGACAAUAUUUUGAUAUGGCACCUGAAAGGUUUACACUGGAGAACAUGUUCGCCAUGGAUUUGGCAAAAUUCCAGGACAUUGCAAAUGUAAUCGUAACGAAUGCAGUGAAGGAACUGGCGAUAGAAAGAGGAGUCAAAGACAUUUCCGACUCCUGGAACACAAUGGAAUUCACCGUCAUAAAACACUUCAAAGGAUCCGAAGACCGAGGAUUCAUUCUGGGCCCUGUGGACGAGCUAAACCAAGUCCUAGAAGAUAAUACAAUGAACUUACAAAGCAUGGCCGCAUCUCAGUUCGUCGGGCCAUUCCUCGUAACUGUGCAGAAGUGGGAAAAAUCAUUGCAGACGAUAUCCGAAGUUGUAGAGGCGUGGAUGGAAUUGCAAAGACGAUGGUUAUAUCUCGAGGGUAUUUUCGUGGGGGGAGAUAUCCGAAGUCAGCUUCCGGGUGAGGCAAAAAAAUUCGAUGAGAUCGAUAACGCCUUCAAAAAGCACAUGCUGGACACGGCAAAACGACUGAACGUCUACGAAUGUUGCACAAUUCAGGGAAGACGAGAUGCAUUCCUGAGUUUAAUUGAUGGUCUCGAGAGGUGUCAGAAAUCAUUGACAGAAUACCUGAAUAGCAAACGAAUGAUCUUUCCUCGAUUUAAUUUCUUGAGUGAUGAAGAACUCUUGGGAAUCUUGGGAAGCACGGAUCCGGAAGCUAUUCAAGAGCACAUUGGAAAGAUGUUUGAUAAUUUAGAUAAACUCAGACUGGAGAAGGAAUCCUUGAGUGAUGAUGACGAGAGGACUGUGGCAACAGCUCUCAUCUCGUGUGAAAAUGAGAUAAUGGAGUUCAGAGAUAAGGUGUUGGCUGAGGGGAAAAUCGAAGAGUGGAUGGUGCACGCUCUGGAGGAAAUGAGGAGAUCCAAUAGAUAUCUUACGAAAAAAGCCGUAUACAAUUAUGGAACAGAGAAUAGAUCCAGAACCAAAUGGAUCCUGGAUUUCCAGGGGAUGAUGAUCCUUGUGGCUAAUCAGAUUUGGUGGACGGCAGAGGUGGAGAAUGUAUUCAAGAAAAUAAAAGAUGGCUCUAAACGAGCAAUGAAAGAGUAUCUUCAGCAAUUGAAUAAUCAACUAGAUGAGGUUGUGACUAUGAUGGGUGGAGACAACCUGACGAACAAUGAUCGUAAAAAAUUGGAUACUGUAUUGACAGUUGACGUUCACAUUCGGGAUAUUAUCGAUGGAUUCGUUAGAGACAGCAUCAUGAAUGCCAUGGAGUUCCAGUGGGAAAGUCAGCUUAAGUUUUACUGGGUUCAUGAUAUGGAUAAUGUGUGGGUUAAUCAGUGCACUGGCCAAUUUCAAUAUGGAUAUGAAUACAUGGGAUUGAAUGGCAGACUUGUCAUUACCCCAUUGACGGACAGAAUUUAUCUGACGAUUACUCAAGCACUUUCUAUGCAUUUGGGUGGUGCACCUGCAGGCCCCGCGGGAACUGGAAAAACGGAGACAACAAAAGAUUUGGCGAAAGCCUUGGGAUUAUUGUGCAUUGUAACAAAUUGCGGUGAAGGAAUGGAUUAUGUAGCCAUUGGAAAGACUUUAGGAGGAUUAGCACAAUGUGGAGCUUGGGGAUGUUUUGACGAAUUCAAUCGCAUUGAUGUAUCAGUCCUCUCCGUUAUCUCGACGCAGUUGCAAACAAUUCGAUCUGCUUUGCAAGCUAAAUCUGGCCGAUUCAUGUUUGAAGGUCAAGAUAUCGUGCUGGACAGAAAAGUGGGAAUUUUUAUAACAAUGAAUCCAGGAUAUGCCGGGCGAACUGAACUCCCUGAAUCUGUAAAAGCAUUAUUCAGACCUGUUGUGUGUAUAGUACCUGACAACGAGUUAAUCUGUCAAAUAAAAUUAUUCAGCGCUGGAUUUUUGACAGCUAAAGUCCUAGCGAAGAAAAUGACGGUGCUCUAUACCCUCGCUAAAGAACAAUUGAGCAAACAAACACACUAUGACUUCGGUCUUCGAGCUCUCAAGUCGGUGUUGAAUAUGGCGGGCCAACUCAAAAGAACAUCAGCCGAUCUUCCGGAGGAUGUCGUUCUCAUGCGCGCAUUGAGAGACAUGAACCUUCCGAAAUUUGUCUUCGAUGAUGUUCCACUCUUUCUUGGUCUCAUUAUGGACUUAUUCCCAGGCCUGGAUUGUCCAAGAGUCGGUUAUCCCGACUUUAACGCAGCUGUCGAGAAGAUUCUCCACGAGAGCGGAUGUAUCGUGCUCCCGCAGCAAGUUGAUAAAGUUGUGCAGCUUUAUGAAGUCAUGAUGACUAGACACUCAACGAUGGUUGUGGGACCGACGGGCGGGGGGAAGACAGUGAUUAUAGAAAGCCUCUGCAAAGCUCAAACUUUACUGGCAAAACCCACAAAGCUACACAUACUCAAUCCAAAAGCUUGUACGGUGAUCGAACUCUACGGAAUUCUCGAUCCCCAAACGAGAGAUUGGACGGACGGUCUUCUCAGCAGUAUUUUCCGAGAGAUCAAUAAACCGCUUGACUCUUCAAAAGAUGAGAGAAGAUAUAUCCUGUUCGAUGGGGAUGUCGAUGCCCUUUGGAUCGAGAACAUGAAUUCCGUAAUGGAUGAUAAUAAGAUCCUCACCCUUGCUAACCAAGAGAGAAUUAAACUCCAGAAUUACUGCAGUCUUCUCUUUGAAGUUGGUGACCUGCAGUACGCAUCCCCUGCAACAGUAUCCCGGGCUGGAAUGGUCUACGUCGACCCGAAAAACCUCGGUUAUCAGCCUUACCUAGACAGAUGGAUAAACAGCAGAGACGAAUCUGAACAAUCACUUUUCCGAGAAUUAACAGAAAAAUACAUCGACGGUGCAAUUAAAUUAAUUUUUCAUGCAAUGUUUGGCCUCCAGCCAGUCACUCCCUUGAAGAUCAUCAUUCCCCAAACAGCUUUAAAUAUGAUCUCUCAACUCUGCUACAUAAUCAACGGCCUGUUUCCCCUGGAGACACCCGAGGAAAUUACCCCGAGGUCCGGAGAAAUGUCACUCGACGAAGACGAGGACGGCAUCAACGAGCAAAUGACUGAUCAUAAGGAACUUGUGGAAGCGAUUUUCAUUCAGUCCUGCUACUGCUCCGUAGGUGCAACCCUCAUAGCAGAAUCCAGACCCCAAUUUGACGAGUUCAUGAAGAAGACAGCCGGACUGAUGAUGAUAGAAGACACCCCGGACAAAUUAGCAUCCGUUCGAUACAUUCCCAUUACAUACUCAACCCUCUACGAUUACGUACUGGAUGUCACUGAGAGGGUCUGGAGACCCUGGAAGGAAUUAAUUCCUCGAUAUAUCCAUGACAGAACCAAAAAUUUUAGCGAAAUUCUCAUCCCUACCAUCGACACUUUGAGAACUACCUGGUUCAUUAAAUUAAUGAAUCACUUGAAGAGACCAGUGUUACUGGUCGGUGAGACAGGCACCUCGAAGACAGCUGUUAUUCAUGAAUUCUUGAGAAGUCUGGACUCUGAGAUAUUUCACAAGCUUUUUAUAAAUUUCUCUUCCAGGACGACUUCACUAGACGUACAGCGUAACAUUGAAUCCGUUCUAGAAAAAAGAACAAAGGAUGUGUAUGGGCCGUCACCUGGGAAGCAACUGGCAGUCUUUAUAGACGACAUGAACAUGCCUCUGGUUGACACCUACGGCACCCAACAACCAAUCGCUCUUCUCAAACUUCUCUUUGAAAGGGGUGGACUUUACGACAGGGGUAAAGAUCUCAAUUGGAAAAAUAUCAAGGAUAUCCGUUACCUAGCAGCAAUGGGAAAAACCGGUGGUGGUAGAAACGAAGUCGAUCCGAGAUUCAUCUCCAUGUUUACAGUGUACAACGUCACUCUGCCCAGCGAAGAAACCCUCAACUACAUUUAUUCUAGUAUUCUCAGUGGUCAUCUCGAGAUUUUUCCUGAGCAAGUCCAAGAAAUAGCCGUGACUCUAGUCGAACUGACUCAUGAUUUAUACAAGAUUGUGACGACAGAGUUGCCUCCAACCCCAUCAAAGUUCCAUUACAUCUUUAAUAUGCGAGAUCUAUCAAGGAUCUCGGCAGGAUUACUCCAGAGUACUCCCCAAUAUUUUCCCACUGUUCAGCAAUUCGCAAGACUCUGGAGGAAUGAGUUCACACGAGUGAUUUGUGAUCGAUUGAUCAAUGACGAGGAUCAGGCAUUGGUGCGUGGUCAUUUGGAGGUGAAAAUCAAGGCUACCGAGGUCUGGGAAGAUGAAGAGGAAAUCAUAGAUUACAUUUUGCGUGACCCUCUACUGUUCGGAGACUUCCGGAAUGCAUGCAGCGAGGAAGACCCUCGUUUCUACGAAGACGUCCUCGACUAUGAAGCCGUCUACAGUCUCUUCAUGGAGAUUCUCGAGGAAUACAACGAGAAGAAUCCCAGAAUAAAUAUUGUUCUGUUCAACGAUGCUCUAGAACAUCUAGUUCGUGUUCAUCGGACGUUAAGAAUGCAUCGAGGGCACAUUCUCGUUGUGGGAAUUGGCGGAAGUGGGAAGCAAUCGGUGAUAAGACUAGCUGCAUUUGCGGCCAACUGUGAGAUCUUCGAAAUUUCUUUAGGAAGGAAUUACAAUGAUCACAGCUUCAGGGAGGAUGUGAAAAGGCUCUACAAUAUUGUUGGUGUCGAUGAUAAAAAAAUGGUCUUCUUGUUCACAGCUGCCCAAGUAAUCGACGAGAGUUUUCUGGAGACUAUCAAUAAUAUGCUGAUGACUGGUGUAGUACCAGCACUGUUUUCUGAUGACGAAAAAGACUCUAUCAUCAAUAGCUGUAGAGAUCGAGCGAAGAACGCCGGCUUCGGUAUCACAAAGGAAAAUGUUUGGAAUUACUUUGAAAAAACCUGCAUCUCCCAUUUGAGAAUAGCCUUGUCAAUGAGUCCAGCAGGAGAUAUUCUCCGGUGCAGAUGUCGAAGCUAUCCUGGUCUUGUCAGCAGUACGACUGUCGAUUGGUUGUUUCCCUGGCCACAGCAAGCGCUUCACGCCGUGGCAACAGUCGUUCUGCGAGAUAACCCUCAUGUUCCUGAAAAACAUCGGAAAAAUAUCAUUCAGCAUAUCGUUCAGGUUCACGAGUCUGUUGGCAAAUACACAGCGGAAUUUUUGACCAAACUCAGAAGAAAAAAUUAUGUCACUCCAAAGCACUUCUUAGACUUCAUCAAUACAUAUUUGAACCUUUUGGCCGAGAAGAAAACCUACAUAGUUUCACAAUGCGAAAGGCUCUCUGGUGGUAUAAAGAAGAUAGCCGAGGCAUCGGAAACCCUCGGCGAACUGAAUGAAAUUCUGGCUAUUCAAAGAAUUAAGGUAUCGAGACAAACAAAGAACUGUGAAAAAUUGCUUAGAUCAAUUGGUGAGAGCACAGACAUUGCUAUGGAGAAGAAAAAAUUGAGCACCGAAAAGAGCGAAGAAAUCGAGAGUCGAAAGAAAACAAUAGCCAAGGAAUCUGCAGAGGCUAAAGCUGUUUUAGCUGCGGCUCAGCCAGCCUUAGAUGCAGCCAAGACAGCUCUCAAUGAGUUAGAAAAGAGUGACAUUACUGAAAUUCGAUCAUUCGCGACUCCACCGGAGCCGGUACAGGUAGUUGGUGAGUGUAUUGCAGUUAUCAGAGGUGCAAAAGAGAUAUCUUGGAAAACUGCCAAAGGACUCAUGAGUGAUCCCAGCUUUUUGAGGACUCUGCAAGAGAUGGACGUGACUGAAAUAACUCUCAAACAGCAGCAGGCGGUUAGAACGCAACUGAAAAAAUCAGAUAAACUCGAUCAGAUGGAGUCUAUCAGCAAGGCCGGCUUCGGCCUCUAUAAAUUUGUUCUUGCUGUUCUCGAAUAUUGUACAGUAUAUCGGGAAGUCAAACCCAAAAUGGAAAAAGUACAGACGCUGGAGAUUGAAGCGGAACGAGCUAAGAAGGCCCUAGAGAAAGAAUUGAAAGAACUCCAAAAAAUAGAAAAACAAUUGAACGAAUUGAAUGCCAAAUAUGAAAUAGCUUUAGCUGACAGGCUAGCUCUUCAGGGAGAAACAGAUAUUCUUGAACGACGUCUGCUAGCUGCGGAUAAACUUAUCGGAGGUUUAUCAUCAGAAAAUGUUCGCUGGAAGGAAGAACUGGAGAACCUCCAGGCGGAACUUGAGUUAAUAAUAGGGAAUAGUCUUCUGUCUGCAGGCUUUCUCUCCUACGCAGGACCAUUCAGCUAUGAAUUCAGAAAUCAAAUGGUUUACGAUGACUGGCAGAGGAGCAUUCUUGAGAAGAGCAUUCCUCUUUCUCAAUCGUAUCGGAUAGAAAAUCAAUUGACCAACGACGUGGAAAUCAGUGGAUGGAAUUCUGAAGGUUUACCGCCGGAUGAGCUCUCUGUACAAAAUGGAAUUCUCACAUGUAGAGCUUUGAGAAGUUCCUUAUGCAUUGAUCCUCAACAGCAAGCGAUCAAUUGGUUGAAAAAAAGGGAGCAGAAAAGGAAUCUUAAAAUCUUGACAUUCAAUGAUGUAGAUUUCGUGAAACAAGUAGAGAUGGCUAUCAAGUUCGGAUUCCCCGUUAUUUUUCAAGACGUUGAUUACAUCGAUCCAAUUCUGGAUAAUGUCCUCAUGAAGAAUAUUCAGAUUGUUGGGGGAAGAACAUUUGUUCUUCUCGGAGACAAAGAAGUCGAUUAUGAUCCCAAAUUUUGUUUGUACCUCAUAACGAAACAAUCGAAUCCAGUUUUCAAUCCGGCAAUUUAUUCUAAAGCAACUGUAAUCAACUAUAUGGUUACUCUGACCGGAUUAGAAGAUCAAUUACUAUCCGUUGUGGUGAGAACUGAGAGACCGGAUAUUGAAGAACAGCGGGAGUUACUUAUUGCUGAAACUAGUGAAAACAAGAGUCUUUUGCGUCAGUUGGAAGACAGUCUACUCAGAGAGAUUUCUACAAAUCAGGGAAACAUGUUGGACAAUAUUGAUCUCAUUGAGACCCUAGAAAACACCAAAUCAAGCGCGACUGAGGUCACGGAAAAGAUUACACUAGCUGAAGUGACAGCUGAGGAAGUCAACAAAUUGCGAGAUGGUUAUCGUGCUGCAGCAAAAAGAGGCGCUAUUCUCUUCUUCGUCCUUGCGGACAUGGCUAUCGUUAAUUCCAUGUAUCAAUACUCACUCACAAGCUAUUUGGAAAUAUUCACGUACUCCUUGAAGAAGGCUCUGCCGAAUCAUAUUCUGGCGCAUCGCCUGAGGAAUAUUAUCAGCACUUUAACGAAGAAUGUCUAUGAUUACGGGUGUACCGGUAUUUUUGAGAAGCACAAGCUGCUCUUCUCCUUCCAAAUCUGCAUCAGGAUUGAGCAGAACGUGGGUAACAUCACUCAAGCUGAGUUGAACUUCUUCAUAAAGGGGAGUGUAGCUUUAGAGAAGACUCAGAGACCGAAUCCCGCAAAAUGGCUGCAACCAACAAACUGGCAAGAUAUCGUUAAACUCUCUGGAGACUUUCCUGAUCAAUUCACUGAACUGUGCGAUGAUUUGAGAAGUGACAUCGAUGAUUGGAGAGAGUGGUACGAGUCGGACAAUCCAGAAGCCGAGGAUUUUCCAUCAGGAUACACUGUGAAACUCAAUCCCUUCCAGAAGCUGAUGGUGCUUCGGUGCUUUAGAGUGGACAGAGUCUACUGUGGUCUCGUCAAUUACAUCAGUGAAAUCAUGGGAGAAGAGUACAUUGCCCCUCCAAAUAUAAGCUUCGACAUGAUCUACGAUCAAAGCACCUGCACGAUGCCCGUUGUAUUUAUUCUGAGCGCUGGCUCUGAUCCUAGCUCCGAAUUGAUGAAAUUAGCAGAAAGAUAUGGAUGGGGUGGUGGAAGGUUCCAGUAUCUGUCACUCGGACAGGGACAAGAAAAGGCAGCGGUUCAACUUCUGGAGAAUGCCACGGCUCGAGGACAAUGGCUAAUGCUGCAGAACUGUCACCUUCUUCUGAGCUUCACUCGAGAGUUGGAAAAGAGAUUGGAGAUAAUUGGCAAGCCUCAUCCGGAUUUCCGUCUUUGGAUUACAACAGAUCCAACUCCCAACUUCCCCAUUGGAAUUCUACAGCAGUCGCUUAAAAUUGUCACUGAACCUCCCAAUGGACUCAAGUUGAAUCUCAGAAAUACGUAUUUCAGAAUGCGGGGACAGACACUUGAAGGAUGUGAGCACCCAAUCUUCAAGGAUCUCGUCUAUGUUCUUGCGUUUUUCCAUGGCGUAGUGCAAGAGAGGAGGAAAUACGAUAAUAUCGGUUGGAAUAUCAGUUACGAUUUCAAUGAGUCAGAUUUUAAUGUAUGCACCUCGAUAUUGGACACUUACUUGACGAAAUCGUGGACGAGGAAAGAGGAGAGGAUCCCUUGGAAUAGUCUAAAGUAUCUGAUUGGUGAGGUAAUGUACGGAGGGAGGAUAAUUGACAGCUACGAUAGGAGGAUCGCCAGUACAUAUAUGAACGAGUACUUGGGGGAUUUUCUCUUCGAUGAAUUUCAACCGUUCCACUUUUAUCAGGAUGACGACGUAGAUUAUGUGAUCCCCCCGUCUGGAAAUCGAGAAUCGUACAUCGAAUUUAUUGAAGAUUUACCUCUUGUCAACUCACCAGAAGUUUUUGGUCUUCAUCCCAACGCGGAAAUCGGCUAUUUCACGAAAGCUACGAAAGAUAUGUGGGCCAAUCUUAUUGAGUUGCAACCGCAGACAGCAGUUGGUUCUACAGGGAUCAGCAGAGACGAGUUCAUUGAUAAUCUCGCCAAGGAUAUUCUCGCGAAAAAUCCAGGAGAUUACGAUUUGAUCAAAGUGAAACGGAAUUUUGGACUGGGGGUAACACCCACGGCUAUUGUACUCUUCCAAGAGCUCGAGAGGUUCAAUAAAUUGCUCGGCAAAAUAAGAACGACUUUGUCUAAUCUCAGAAAGGCAAUCGCGGGGGAGAUAGGAAUGGAUUCGAUUCUGGAGAGUGUUGGAAAUGCACUUUUCAAUGGAACUUUGCCUUUCGAAUGGGCGAAGUUGGCACCAUCAACCAUGAAAAAUUUGGGCGGAUGGAUGGAUCAUUUUGAACGACGAAUUAUUCAGUACACUAACUGGGCUGGAUGCAACGAACCCCUAGUUAUCUGGCUGUCAGGUCUCCACAUCCCCCAGACUUAUCUAGCGGCUCUGGUGCAAAUGGCGUGUAGAAGAAAUAAUUGGCCUUUGGAUAAAUCUGUCACUUACACAGAAGUCUCGAAAUUUUCGGCCACUGACGAAGUUGAAGAAAGACCUGAUCAGGGUUGUUACGUUGAAGGACUACAUUUGGAGGGCGCAAGGUGGGACAAAAAUGACCAUUGCCUCCGCAAAUCACACCCUAAAAUUCUUCUCGAGGAAUUACCUAUUCUAACGAUCCUCCCUAUCGAAGCCCAUCGUCUCACCCUGCAAAAUACUGUUAAAACACCCGUUUACGUGACUUCACGUCGUCGUAAUGCCAUGGGAGAGGGUCUUAUGUUUGAAGCUGACCUCAGGACGACAGAGCAUGAUUCUUUAUGGAUUUUGCAGGGUGUUUGUUUAAUAUUAAAUACAGAUUAAUUUAUAAUUAAAAUUAAUAAUGCACGGGAAUCAGUGUUACGAGUUUCGAAAUAUUCCGACUCAUUAAUUAAUGAAAUAGGUUACAA